AGGACUCACUCACACACUGAGCGCUGCUCAGUCCCUCCACCUCGUACAUAGAGUUCAUGUCUACCGGACGGGAUUUAACACCAUAAACCGAGACAUGUAACUUCUGCACAGCUACAGGAGCUCAUAUCUGAGGAAUAAAAGCGUUUAUACGUGUACUCAACAUUUUACAAGGUUUAAGAUGUCCGUAAGCAGCCAUGAAAACCGGAAGUCCAGGUCAAGUUCUGGGUCCAUGAAUAUCCACUUGUUCCACAAAACAUCUCAUGCAGACAGCCUCCUUACACAACUCAAUCUUCUUCGCAAGCGCCGUUUGUUUACAGAUGUUGUUUUGCGAGCUGGCAACAUGGCCUUCCCAUGCCACCGGGCCGUCCUGGCCUCCUGCAGCCGAUACUUUGAGGCCAUGUUUAGUGGAGGCCUUAAAGAAAGCAGAGAUGCUGAGGUGAACUUCCAUGAUGCUUUGCAUCCGGAGGUGCUGGAGCUUCUGUUGGACUAUGCUUACUCUGCUCGAAUCAUCAUAAAUGAGGAAAACGCAGAGUCUCUUCUAGAGGCUGGUGACAUGCUCCAGUUCCAUGAUAUCCGAGAUGCCUCAGCGGAAUUCCUGGAGAAGAACCUACACCCUUCUAACUGCCUCGGAAUGAUGCUACUUUCAGAUGCCCAUCAGUGCCAGAGAUUGUACGAGCUGUCCUGGCGCAUGUGCCUUGCAAAUUUCCCAACCCUCUACAGGACGGAGGACUUCCUCAGCCUGCCAAAAGACAAAGUCCAAGAUUUGAUUUUCAGCGAGGAGCUUGAAGUGGAGGAUGAGAGCGUAGUGUACGAAGCUGUAAUAGACUGGGUAAAAGCAGACAUGGACAGAAGGCUUGGCGACUUGCCUGUUCUUCUCCGUUGUGUGCGAUUAGCCUUGCUUCCGGAGACUUACCUGCUCAAGAACGUGGUAUCUGAGGAGCUGGUAAUGGGAGACAAGGUCGGUCGAGAGAUUGUGGAAGAUGCUGUGAGGUGCAAGAUGAAAAUCCUGCAGAAUGAUGGUGUGGUCACUGGUUUCUGUGCCAGGCCGAGAAAGAUCAGCCAGGCUCUCUUGCUUCUGGGAGGCCAGACCUUUAUGUGUGAUAAAGUCUACAUGAUUGACCAUAAGACGAAGGAGAUUACCCUCAAAACAGACCUCCCAAGUCCUCGUAAAGAGUGCAGUGCCUGCGCCAUUGGCUGCAAGGUCUAUGUUACAGGAGGCAGAGGGUCGGAGAAUGGAGCUUCCAAAGAUGUCUGGGUCUACGAUACCUUGCAUGACGAGUGGUCCAAAGCUGCACCAAUGCUUGUAGCCCGGUUUGGCCAUGGUUCGGCUGAGUUGGACCAUGCCCUGUAUGUGGUAGGUGGUCACACCUCUCUCGCAGGUUCUUUUCCAGCCUCUCCGUCUGUGUCACUCAAACAGGUCGAACAGUACAAUCCACAGUCUAACAAAUGGACAUUGGUAGCCCCUCUUCGGGAAGGUGUGAGCAAUGCUGCUGUUGUUGGAGCCAAGAAUAAACUCUUUGCUUUUGGUGGGACUAGUGUGAACAGAGAUAAGUACCCCAAGGUGCAGUGUUUUGACCCUUGUGAGAACAGAUGGACAGUUCCAGCCACCUGCCCUCAGCUUUGGCGCUAUACAGCUGCAGCUGUGGUGGGAAAUCAGGUUGUGGUCAUUGGAGGCGAUACAGAAUUCUCGGCCAGUUCUGCGUAUCGCUUCAAUAGCGAGACCUACCAGUGGACUAAAUUCGGCGAUGUUACAGCCAAAAGGAUCAGCUGCCAUGCUGUGGCAUCUGGGAACCGGCUGUAUGUAGUAGGCGGUUACUUUGGGGCGCAAAGGUGCAAAACUCUGGACUGCUAUGACCCUUCAACAGACUCUUGGGACAGCAUAACUAGCGUCCCAUACUCCCUUAUCCCUACUGCGUUCGUCAGCACAUGGAAGUAUCUGUCAUCCUGAGGAAAAGAGAGUCUACGUCCGAUGACCGGUGUGUGUGUGGAAUGCGGAGUGUGUGGAAUGCAGGGGGAGGAGGGGGUCCUCCGCUGGCCAGCUCACUCGGGCUGGAUCAACAUGGAAAGAAAGGAAAGUGGAAGGUCAGAGAGAGAGAGAGAAAUCACCAUGGCUACCAAAGACUGCCCCUCCCCUUUACUGCUCCUCCUUUGAUCUGUGGAGGAUCUCAGACUCUUUCACUGACCAGUGGAGAAAUACUGUAGUGGACUGUAGAGGAGUAUUUCAGUGUUUUUUUUUACCUGUUGUCUACAAGCUGUGUCUGCAGUGCACAGUUUAUUACCACAGACAGGCAUUUUAAAAUACUAAACUUAGUAAACAGACGUGCAAUAGAAGCCAGUGCGCAGCUGCUUAAUUCCAGAGAACACAUUUAUAAAUUCUUCUAAGAGCUGUUUGUUAAUUAGGCAAGAGAAAAAACAGUACUGUAGUUACUGUAACACAAUCAAACUCAAUAGCAUAAACAUGACUAUGUACCCCAAUCUAACUCAUUUAAAAAAGUGGAAACUCUACCAUAGUAAAAGUAUGGGUACUGUAUCCCAAUCUAAUCAAAUUAAAAAAGCUGAAGCGCAAUUAUACUGAAAGUAUGAGUACUGUAUCACAAUCUAACUCUAUUUAAAAAGCUGAAACUCUACUAUAUUAAAAGUAUCGUUACUGGAUCACAUUUCAACUUGAUUAAAAGACAAAAAAAAUGCACUAUAAUAAAAGUGUGGGUACUAUAUCACAAUCUUACUCAACUAAAAGUGCAGAAACUGUACUAUAGCAAAAUAGGUAGUGUAUAUCAGUCUAACUUAAAUAAAAUGGUAUGAAUGGAGCUAAAACAUAAAUUAAAGACAGUCCAAAAUAUAAAAAAGUUUGGAUGGUGUGAGAGUAUGUUUUAAUGACGAUGAUCUGGUUCUUUUAGAGAUUAGUUUUUGAAAGGGAAACUAAUUUAUGGUCAUUUGUUACCAUAGUUUUCACAUGUUUGGUUUUGAAUACCAGAAGGAUUUAAGCCUUAGAUAAAGGCACAAAUAUUGUAAAAUAUAGUCAAGCUUUGGUAACAGCUUUAGUAACAGCUUCACUCAGUCAGUGUCAUCAUUUUUCUUGUAUUGUUUACAGAUUUUUUUUAUUUAAGCACACCUUUUAAACACCUAUAUUCAAGAUUCAGCAAUUCUUCACUAACUUCCACUUUACACUAAUUUAGAAUCAAAUCCUUUUCUACAGAUUUUUUCUCAGCGCACAAAACCUGUUGAGAUGACCGUCUGUGGUAAUUGAUAGUGUGAAACAGAUACAGCAGACCUAGAGCAGGAUGGAAAAUGCUGAAGUAUCACUUUAAAGAGAGCUCUUAUUCCGGCUGUGUGUGGAAGGCUGGCUUUAGUCUGGAACCACCCGACUGUCAGAAAGAGGAAGCAAAGUCUGAGGCUGGUGUUUAAAAGAUUACCGUCUAUCAGCAACAGCAGGAAAUCAGUGAUUUAUUAACUCUGCUGCAGUGUCACACCCUGAGCGGCUCUUUCUGAAGUCAGAGAGGAAGAGCAAUACAAGAGCCUGGACACAGAGUCCAGUAUGAGUGCUGUAUCUGAUUUCUACUACUGCAGUUACACAAGCUACUCUACACAGUUACAGCUACACUCACAAACAAAAAACGUUCAUUUUUUUUCAUUUAAUUUAAUGGCUGUGACUGAAAUGGAUCCCCACACCUUUAUUAAUAUUAUAUAAUAAUGAUAUAAGUCCAGAGGAGUAACACUACUGAAUUCAAACAUUUCUUUAUCAUCAACAAGCACCAGAAUGAGCUGCAUAAACAAAAACACUGAGGGUCUGAGCCAUGUGUAAAGCCUAAUACACCAAAUUGUAUUUAGUAAAUCAAAAUCAAACCAAAUAAAUAUCUUUUUUCCUUUUUUAGUACAUUUGUUAGCAAUCGAGUAAGAAAUGUAAACCAUAUUUCAACUUUUACUAAUGUAUUUGUACAAUUACUCAAUGUGGGGCUGAAUGGGACUGCCAUCACCACUUAAAAAGGUAAAAAGGGAUCUAUUUCAGGCAGAGCCAGUGUUGUGUUUUCCCUCUUAACUAAGAUUUUAUGUGACAGAAUUCUUACUUUUUAUUUUUUACGUAAAAAACUGAAUUUUUUUAAUGUUUUACAUGUUGUACAGUCUGAUAUUGAUUUGUCAACAUCUCCAAUUAUUGUCUGUGUUUGUUUUGGGCUGUACGAAAGACGAAUUUGUCUACACUCAGGCCAUAUUGUGUAAAUUAUUUUUAUUUGAGCUGUAUUUAUACAGGCAUUGUUUCUGACUAGCUGUUCUACUGUUUUUAAAGCUGAAUUUUUUGCAGUAAGAUAAACUGGAUCUGAGCAUCUUCCUACUUUUUUCGUCAUCUUAGAUGUAGAGAGAGAGAGUUUGUAUAUUUUGAUGUAGUUUUUUUUUCUAAUGUGUAAUGUUAUUUUUUUUACACUUGUGCUUUAGCAGUGAACUUUCCUCUACACACAGUACAUACAGUGACCAGUAAUCACCACACCACCAUCUGUGACAUAACUUAAUACUCUGAUAUAGGGCAUAUUGGAAAAAUGCCCUUAUUUGUAAACCAGUGUGCUAUUUGAGUCACAUUAAACUGAUUGUAUGGCUUUAUUGUACAUGUUUCAUACAUUGAUGCUCAUAAACACUGAAACGUUACUGAUUCAAACGUUGCAUCUAACCUGUGUUGUUUGACUGCUGGGUAAAUAAA